AUGACCAGCAAAGGUACAUUGGCGGUGCUGGCAUGUGGUACCAUGGGCACGGCCAUCCUGUCAGGCGUAAUGGAAAGCCAGCGGGCGAUGCAGGAGGGGGCUAAUAUUCCUGUCGAGAGCGAGUCUGGCCACCCUGUGCUGCCGGAGCGCUACAUUGUGACGGUGGGUCGCCCCACCACGGCUAAACGCCUCAAAAGCAUGUUUGAAAGUGCAGGACACGACCAUGUCGAAGUGCAUACGCAGGAGAAUGUGGUGGCCGCCCGCGAAGCAGACUUUGUGCUUCUCUGCUGCAAGCCCCAGCGUGUAGGUGAGUUUCUCAGCGAAGAAGGUAUGCGUGACGCGCUGAAGAACAAGAUUGUCGUCAGCAUUGCCGCUGGCGUCACGAUCAGCAAGCUCCAGAAGUAUUUGGAUGCAUCGACCAAGGUUGUGCGGGCUAUGCCCAACACCCCUAGUAAGAUCCGCGAGGGUAUGACAGUGAUCUCGAAUGUCGACACGCUCUCACAGGACGAGCGCGACUUGCUCUGCUCCAUCUUUUCGGCAGUCGGUCGGUGUCACUUCCUGGAUGAAAAGCUAUUCGAUGCGGCUACGGCUUUGGCAGGUUCAGGCCCUGCGUUUGUGACGCUAUUCCUCGAGGCGAUGACCGAUGGCGGUGUGAUGAUGGGCCUGCCGCGCCCCGAGGCCCUGGAGUUGGCAGCUCAGACGAUGCAAGGAGCCGCUCGUAUGGUUCUACAGUCUGGUACACACCCAGCUGCUAUUAAGGACAGCGUUACGACACCUGGUGGCUGCACGAUCGCGGGCCUCUUGCAGAUGGAAGAUGGUCGCCUUCGCUCGACCGUAGCUCGCUCGAUCCAGACGGCCGCAGAGCAUGCAGCAGGACUUGGUAAGGACUAG